GAGGCCGGGUUCCCCCUGGCCUUCCGCUGCGAGCUCCUGCGUAGCUCUGGUAGAUUUCAUUUCCUUUUUUUUUUUCCCAGCUACUUCCGGGUCCUGCGUUGCUCCGGAAGCCCGCGAGUUCCGGAAGCCUGGAAGCCCAGGUUCUGCUAGGAAAAGCCAAGCUUCCCGGGAGUGUUUCGGGAAAAGUUACGUGGAGCGUGGUCGAUUCGCAGACUCCUAAGAUCCUGGCUAGUAUGAGGCAAGAACUUCACAGGACAACUUACAGCAAAAAUUUUUUCACUAUACCUGUAAGCUGAAGUCUUGAGAGAGCUGCAGGAAGGAGAAAGAGGAGAGUCACUUGAGAAGGCAUCAUGGAGACCUCCAAAGAAGGCAUGACUUCCAGAGAGGAGAAUGUGAAGACAGACAGAGUGCUACGAAUAAGUCAGCUGGAUGCACUUGAACUAAACAAGGCUCUGGAGCAGCUCGUCUGGUCCCAGUUCACUCAGUGCUUUCAUGGCUUUAAGCCUGGGCUGUUGGCCCACUUUGAACCAGAGGUGAAAGCUUUCUUGUGGCUUUUCUUGUGGAGAUUCACUAUCUACUCUAAAAAUGCCACGGUGGGACAGUCAGUUUUGAAUAUUCGGUACAAAAGUGAUUUUUCUCCAAACCUGAGAUAUCAGCCACCUAGUAAAAACCAAAAGCUUGGUUAUGCUGUGUGCACAAUUGGUGGGAAGUGGUUGGAAGAACGAUGUUAUGAUUUAUUUCGAAACCAACAUUUAGCAUCUUUUGGGAAAGUCAAGCAGUGUGUGAAUUUUGUGAUUGGACUUUUGAAAUUAGGUGAAUUGAUUAACUUCCUGAUUUUCCUUCAAAGGGGCAAGUUUGCAACUUUGACAGAACGUCUCUUAGGCAUUCAUUCAGUAUUUUGCAAGCCCCAAGGCAUACGUGAAGUUGGCUUUGAGUAUAUGAACAGGGAACUUCUCUGGCAUGGUUUUGCUGAGUUCCUGAUCUUUCUCUUACCACUUAUCAACAUCCAGAAGUUGAAAGCCAAGUUAUCUUCAUGGUGUAUCCCUAUUACUGGUGUUCCUAAUAGUGACAACACAUUGGCCAUCAGUGGCAAAGAAUGUUCUCUGUGCGGAGAAUGGCCCACCAUGCCUCACACUAUAGGAUGCGAUCACAUUUUCUGUUAUUAUUGUGUUAAGAGUAGCUUUUUAUUUGACCUGUACUUUACCUGUCCCAAGUGUGGCACAGAAGUGCAUAGUGUGCAGCCACUGAAAUCAGGAAUUGAGAUGUCAGAAGUGAAUGCCCUUUAGACACUAAAAUUAUUUCCUCUACAGAGAACUAUAUUAUGUUUAGAUCCUUAAUAUUAGUCAUCUCAAGGAUAUCAUUUAGUACAAAAAUGUUGGGUUCUCAGCCACUGUCUUCUGUCCUUUCUAAGCAUGACUAAAUUCUCUUCCCUGGAAACCACAUGACUAACUGUAUUAUGAAAACAGUAAAUUUUUUUAAAUCACUGCACCCAGAUUUUGAUGUCAAGAAUAAUAGGCAGCUUUUGUCAGGUAACUACUAAGAAUGCUUCUUCAUUUUGCUGCUGCCUAGAAGGAGGUUCAACUGCAAAAAAUAAAAGAUUUGGGAGAUUC